UCAGCUUUCUACCCGUUGAACCUCAGGCCACCACCAUUCUGUCUCUUCAUUCUUUGCUUUAAUCUUUUUCACCUGUUAGAUUUAACACCAAAUCCUCAAUUUUAUUUCAAUUUUCUUCUGUCUUUAUCCCAAACCAGAUCGAAUUUAACAUUGGGUUUGUUUGUUUUUUUUGUUUUCUGGGGUGGAAAAUAAAGGAGAGAAAAGAAUGAAGAGUGUGAAAGGAAAGUUUAUGAAGAAGCUGAAAUCAAUCAAACCAGUUGGUUACCUAAAGCCAGAUCGAGUUCUUCAAGUAUUUGCAAUUGAUGGGUUCAUUGAUUCUUGUCCCAAGACCCCAAAUCUCAAUGAACAACCCAAGUUGUUCAGCAAAGAAUCAGAGCAAGACAAGAUUAAAGAGAGCUGUGUGACAGUUGAACAACAUCCCGAAGUCAUUGAUGUAGUAGAGCUAAUGAAAGAUCUUGAAGACGACGAUGAAGAAAUGGAUUGGAAUGAUGGGGUUGAUGACAAAGAGAAUAUUAGGCCGACAACGAAGGCAAAUAUUGAUGUAGUUGUUGAGAAAGAGAAUGUGAAUUUUCCCGUGAAACUUGAGACAGGGAAUCGUAGGCAGAGCACCCCAUUAUCGGAGAUUGAUGUCUCCUCCUUUCGGAAGCCGGAUUUGAACACUUGUACUCUCUUCGACCCUAACCUACUGGCUGCCUUUGAACAAGCUGUGAAGGAGCAUAUCAAGAUGAGUGAAGAAGAAAGAAAAGCAAGAAUUGAGCAAGAGAAUCUUGAAAAGAGCGAAAACGAGCCCCCACAAAAGACUCGCCGCAUAGAUGAUGACCUUGUUGAUGUAGUCGUUGAUGAUGAUGAUGAUAAUGAGGGUGAUCCUCUUUUAGGUUUUGAAGAGAAGUGUCCUCCUGGAGGUGAUGGAUCAGUCAUCCUUUACACGACGACUCUCAAAGGAAUAAGAAAGACUUUCGAGGGUUGUAACAGCGUCAGGUUUCUAUUGGAGAGUUUCAGGGUCAUUUUCUAUGAAAGAGAUAUAUCGAUGCAUACAGAGUACAAGGAAGAGUUGUGGAGGAUUUUGGAUGGCAAAGUAAUGCCUCCAAGGCUUUUCAUAAAAGGGAGAUAUAUUGGUGGAGCAGAAGAGGUUCUCACUUUGCAUGAGCAAGGGAAGCUUAAGCUUCUCUUUCAAGGCAUUCCUGCUGAUACAUCCAAUGCCCCCUGUGAAGGCUGCGCCGGAGUUAGGUUUGUGCUUUGUUUCAAAUGCAACGGCAGUCACAGGAUCAUUGCCGAUGAUGGGUUGUCCAGUAAAUGCCUGCAGUGCAAUGAGAAUGGUUUGAUUAUUUGCCCCAUUUGCUGCUGAAUAUGAUUGUCACUCUCUUUUUUGCUUUGUCUUCUCUUGAUUCUACUGUAUUUUGUUUGGGUGUUAUCAUAGUCAUUUGUCCAAAUCCUUGGUAUUCUUUUUUAUGAACAGAAGAUGGAAAUUGCCAGAUACUAAUGUAAAAUUGAUAAAUA